AUGUCCACCCCCAACUCCGUUCCGUUAUUUCGUGCCUUGGGCAAUGGCCGUUUCGCCAUGCCCGACCGGUACCGACCUGGUGUCACCCUCCUCCUCACCCUAGAUCAAAUCAGACUCUACCUUCAGCACGAUGCUGACCUUCGAGGAGGCAUUGAACCUACCACUAUUCCUUCUCCCGUCGGCUACGAUGAAUUCGCCGUCGCGCUCAAUAGCAACGCGGAGAACGGCAUCCAAGUUGCCCUUGUGUUGGAGGACAAUGCCGGGGUACGCAUCAAGGGCCGCCCACCCACGUUGGCCGAGCUGGUUGGCAUCGAGGCCACCCAGCGUGCUGCCUCCAACCCUCGCGACCCCAGAGAAGAGGCCGGAGGCAAGUGGUUGGAUCCCCGUCGCAUAGAGUUAAUUGACGAUGCGUUGUGGGACAACCUCGAUCGUAACCGUAAGCAGAGGAAGUGGAGAGAGAGAGGUGUGGCUGAAAGACAGGCCAAACGUCAGCGCCGUGAGGAUGAGGAAGCGCUCAGGCCAUUCGCACCUUCGAGGGCCGGCCCAAACAUCAUCAACGCCGUAGCCGGACCCUCCAACACCACUCGCAGCCGUGCACCUUCCCCAUUCCUUACCACCAAUAAUCCUCCUCCUCCUCAGUCGUCUGCGCCGGAGCAACCUGCGCCUCCAAACGAUGACGACGCCGAGAUGACGGACGGCGAGGCCACAGAGGCCGCCAAGGAAGCAGCGCGCGAGAAGGUCAAGGGGCGCAUUCCCAAGAAGUAG